CGGACACCAUAAAAGCACCACUGCGGCCUCGCUGCGAGAGAAACUUCCCGUCCCGGCGGCUCCGGCAUCCAGGGUCCAGCCUGUGAACGUCUGUCCAGGCCUGGACGCUGGUUUAACAUCUGUGACUUCACGUGUGUGCCCUCGCCACAUCUGUCGUCACACCUAUCACCACCUUGACCCAGAAAUCCACACUUAGGCAGCGUAGGUGGUUGGAAGCCCUCAGUCCACAUCUGUGACUCUCAACACCUGGGUCACACUUGUGACACGUUGGCCACACUGUGGCCACAACCUGACACCUGAAGGGGCACAUAAGGAAAACCUACCUCACCUGUGAUAAUACCCGCCAUUGCCCCUGCCCAGAAUCUCCGUGACGGGGCACUGACUCCCAGACUGUCCUUGCGUAAAGAACAAUGGCUGUAGCUACUCAGAGGGGGGUCCAGCGUGUUCUGUUUGCAGAGUGGCUUCUGGGAGAGGUCAGCAGCGGCUGCUAUGAGGGGCUGCGGUGGCUGGACGCCACCCACACGGUCUUCCGCGUGCCCUGGAAGCACUUCGCUCGCAAGGACCUAGCAGAGGCAGAUGCUCGCAUCUUCAAGGCCUGGGCGGUGGCCCGAGGCAGGUGGCCACCCAACAACAGCGGAGGCAACCAGCCGUCCCCAGAGGCUGAGGCCGCAGAGCGUGCAGGCUGGAAAACCAACUUCCGCUGCGCGCUGCGCAGCACGCGUCUCUUCCUGAUGCUGCAGGACAACUCAGGGGACCCUGUGGACCCACACAAGGUGUAUGCGCUCAACCCUGAGCUGGGGUGGAGAGCCUCAGGUCCAACUGGCCCCCUUCCCUCAGAAGGUCCAGCUAUCUACCAGGGGGAAGAAGAGGCUCUCGAAGGUGCCCUGCCCAGACAGGGUGGGCCCCUAGGACCAUUCCUGGCAGGAGACACUAAGCUGCAAGCCCCAAGCCCUCUACCCACCCUGGCAGGUGACACAGGGGACCCCUUGCUCCAGGUUCUUCAGCAGAGCUUCCUGGGGGACCACCUGUUGGAGGAUACCUGGCCGGUAGAUCCAGCCCCUCUGGAGUCUCCUGGACCAGAGCACGUUUCAGAGGAGCCUUCCUCAGCAUGGGCUGUGGAAGCUGUCCCCAGCCCCAGGCCUCAAUGUCCAGGCCUUAUGACAGAUGCAGGCCAGGGUAGGGCCCCGACGCCUCUGCAUGAGGAAGAGCCUGGAACAGCACCCUUCCCUAGCACCUGCACCCCAAUGGGAGAUCCCAUCCAAGGUGCCCUGGACGUGACCAUCAUGUAUAAGGGCCGCACAGUGCUGCAGGCGGUGGUGGGGCACCCCAGCUGCGUCUUCCUGUAUGGACCCCCUGGCCCAGCCAUCAGGGCCUCAGAGCCCCAGCAGGUGGUCUUCCCCAGCCCUGCUGAGCUCCCUGAUCAGAAGCAGCUGCACUAUACAGAGAAGCUGUUGCAGCACGUGACCCCUGGCCUACAGCUGGAGCUUCGGGGACUGGCACUGUGGGCUCGGCGCAUGGGCAAGUGCAAAGUGUACUGGGAGGUGGGCAGUCCCCUGGGCUCGGCCAACCCCUCCAGCCCAGCCCAGCUGCUGGAACGCAACUGCAAUACCCCCAUCUUCGACUUCAACACCUUCUUCCGAGAGCUGGGGGAGUUCCGGACACGAAGGCGCCAAGGCUCCCCACAUUACACCAUCUACCUGGGCUUUGGGCAGGACCUGUCAGCAGGGAGGCCUAAGGAAAAGAGCCUGGUCCUGGUGAAGCUGGAGCCAUGGCUGUGCCGGGUGUACCUGGAGGGUGUGCAACGUGAGGGUGUGUCCUCCCUGGACAGCGGCAGUCUCAGCCUGUCCCUGUCGAGCACCAGCAGCCUCUACGAUGACAUUGAACACUUCCUCAUGGAGCUUCAACAGCCAGCCUAGCCCCCACCCCCAGCUGCGCCAAACAAAGUGCCAAGAACCAGUGCUGCCCUGUCCUGGCUGGUAGCACUGAGUGGACAUGCUGGGCCUGGGCUGCAUGCCACCUCCCUGAAGGAUCUGCUGGGGCUGCUGGAAGGGAGAUGAUGCCCACUAAGCACAGUGCAGUCCUCCCCUGCCUCCCUACUCUCCUGUCUACAGUGCACUCAAGCCAUACACUGAAGUGCCAAUAAACCACGCGCUGACACAAAU